CUUUCUCUCUCUCUCUUCACCAAAAAAACCUCCACCAUCAACUUGUCGCCAUGUCCGCUCCACCAGCCGACUACUACGCCACUCUCGAAAUCGACAGCAAAGCCACUCAACAACAAAUCCGAGAUGCCUACAAAAAGGCAGCUCUCAGACAUCAUCCCGAUCGCGUCCCAGCAGACUCACCCGAACGUCAGACUCGAACCAAGAAAUUUCAGCAAAUCAACGACGCAUACUACACUCUUUCCGACGCCACGCGUAGAAGAGACUACGACACCACACGAACGAACUUUUACGGUUUUGGAGGAGGAGCAUCAUCCAACACGCGCCAAUCUCGACAGAAUGCACAAAAUCACCAAAACACCCCCGGAGGCUUUGGCUUUGACGAGGAAGAAAUUCCUCGUCCGGAAGAAGGCGCAAAUAGUGGCGCAGCAGGCGGGUUCUUCAACAUGUUUGGAAACAUGUUUGGCGGACAAGCCAAAACCGAAGGCGACGCGAAUCGAUUCAGUAACGAACAAUUCGGAUCUGUAUUCGAGGAGAUGAUGCGAGACAACGACAUGGCUGACUCAGAGAAUCGGCCAACCAAGACGUUUUGGUCGAUUGUGGGCGGUGUGUCGGGUGGAGCGAUGGGGUUCAUUGUGGGGAAUUUCCCCGGUGCGAUUGCGGGUGCGGUCGCGGGGAAUCGAUUGGGUGCGGUGAGGGAUAAGAGGGGAAAGAGUGUGUAUAGUGUUUUUCAGGAAUUGGAUCAGCCGGAGAAGAUGAGGUUGUUGAGUGAGCUGGCGCAGAAAGUGUUUGCGCAUGCCAUUUCUUGAUUACAGUGGUCGGAAGCAAGGAGUUUCAGAGCUGGGAGUUGGACUGGUUGUUGGACUGGGAAUGGGACUGGGACUGGGACUGGGACUUGAACUGGGAGGGAUAUAGAUCUGAUGAACUUCACGAACGGAGAUACCACAACAGUAGGGCGUGUUACCAGCCACUUGUAACAUUACAUUAUAGUCAUUGCAAU